AUGUCGGCGUUGUCCCUGGGCGGCCCGAGCCACCACUACCCCUCCGCUGCUACGAGCUCGUGGCGAUCGGCCCCGAGAGAGCCCGAGGUCAUCACGGGUCCCAACAUCGUCAACACGCUGCCCGACAAGGUGCUCGCACUGAUCUUCGAGCAGCUGGGCGACAAUUACAUCCAAUUGGCGCGGCUCGCGCUCGUGUGUCGGAAAUGGCGAAGCAUCAGUGAAGAUGACGAGCAAUGCGAGGCGUGGAAGCACGCGGCGCAGAACUACUACCUGUGUCAGAACGGAUCGAUGCGCAAGGCCCUCGGGACGUGGAAGGCCUUCUUCGGCCUCAUGGUCAACUUCGAGGACAACAUGAUGGGCGACGCCUUCGACAACUACCAGAACGACCAGGACUGGGGCGAGCUGCUCGACGAUUACGAGAGCGAGGCGGGCUGGUACGGCGAAGGCGCCUCCAGCGGUCACUACCAGCCCGACAUGGGCAGCAGCGGCGAGUACUACUACGGUCCCCCGCAUUGA